UGACAAAUCCUGACAGUAUGUGUUUCACCCAGUGACUUUCAGUAGGUUUUGUAAAUAUGCUGAUAUUUUGGUGAAUUUCCCGAAGUUUUCAACGAUUUUAAGAGUAAUUUGUAUGCCCAUUUGGCCCUCCGGUAUUCGACUAGUGUAUAAUGGACGCCAAGCGCAAAUUAUCCACUCAGGGCGAUUCACUCUACGAAAUUCUGGCGCUGCCCAAAACUGCGUCAGCCGAUGAAAUCAAGAAAACCUAUCGGCGCUUGGCCCUCAAGUACCAUCCAGACAAGAACCCCAAUAAUCCGGAUGCUGCCGAUAAGUUUAAGGAACUGAAUAGGGCCCAUACGAUCCUCAGCGAUACCACCAAAAGGAACAUUUACGACAAUUACGGCUCACUUGGUCUUUACAUUGCCGAGCAAUUCGGCGAAGAGAACGUGAAUGCUUACUUUGUGGUCACAUCCAAUUGGUGCAAGGCGCUGUUCUUCAUCUGCGGAAUUGCCACCGGCUGCUACUGUUGCUGUUGCCUGUGCUGCUGCUGCAACUUCUGCUGCGGCAAGUGCAAACCGCGGCCUUCGGAGGACUGCAGCAACUAUCAGACGUUGAACCGAGAGGGAGGGGCGAGCGCUGGCCAACCAGUGUUUACCCAACCGCGUCGCAUUCCGGACGAUGGGAGCGAGGAGGAUAGAGGUGGAUCCCCCGUGACCUCCCAACCGUCCCCAACGAGAAAGGGGGCGCCCUCUAAUCCGAUAUUCGCCAUGCCGGCCCCUGCCAGUAGCGCCACUGCUGGGGAGAGCGCCGCCCUUAAUCAAGGCGACGUGCCUGUGUAUACUCCAGAUUUAAAGUAAGCCCGUCGACGUUUUCAAUUGCAGAUAUGCGCUGACUUCUCAGUGCCCAUCUGCCUAACUAAUCCGAUUCUGAUAGGAAAUCAAUCACCCCCCUUUGCCUAGUCAACGUACUCCGUACAGUUUUUCGUUCGGAAUUUCGCACAGCAAAAAACUCCUUUUUUACUUGUCUACUCUUUUUUAACUGAAAACUCGAUUGUACUCGGGUUUGUUAAUGUGGCUUUUUACUUGGUUGUACUCAAUUUUUCCCCCUUCUGUAUAAAGGCACUGAUUAAUUUAGUUGAAUCGUUCUAGGUGAAAACUGGUAGUAAACGAACCUCCAGGUAUUAAAGUUUUCACUGCUUCAUUGGGAUUCUGUAUUGCACCUAAGUUUUGUCCUUGUUCGUUGCGUUGUUGCUAGAUCGCACUCUUUUCGUUUCAUAUACCGGCAAGGAAACGCGACGGCACAGUGCAUGCAAAACAGAAUACGGUAGGGCCACACCCAAUGGUUUAACGCAGUGACAAAGAACCCAAUAAAUAAAGCCAAAAAGGCCCUGUAUAUAGUGUAGAAAUAGCGCUUCAUUUACUCGAUCGAUUGUUGGGCGACUCUGCUUUUGUACAAGUUUCUGGCUUUAUUUAUUGCCUUAGUUCAUUUACUCCAGAAAAAACAAACAAAACGAAAAAAAAAGUGAAUUAUUUCAACGAAGUAAUAUUAUUGUAAAAAUGUCUCAUUCCACUCAAUAUACUUAAUGGAAGUUUCUCUUGUUACAUACUUAUAACUGCUAGGGUAUAUUUUAAAUUCUACCAUAGUGAAUAAUUAAUUAUUAUUAUGAAUUAUAGCAGGUCUAUGUGCGUAUUUAAAAUAAACAGUAAUUCAAACUUA